GGUAGUUUUUCUCCCACCUCUAGACUGCCCAAGCUGUGCGAAAAAUCUCCUUCAUUCUAGUAAUUGAUUGUCGGUUUUGUGUUUUAAUAAAAAGGUUUUUCUAUUGAAAAUUACAUAAUAUCUACAGCGCACGUAGAGAAAAACCACUUGCAUUUAGCCUACCCAUCAGAUUAAAGCCGGCUUUAAGCAUGGAUGCGGGUAACGCUGUUGAAAUCCGUGAGAAGGAGCGUGACCGCCGCGGGCGUGGUGCUCGUGGGUCCCGCUUCUCGGACGCCGAUGGAAAUGGAAGCAAUGCCGGCAACAAUGGAGGUGGUGGUGCAGGGGGCAACAUCCGAGACCGAAGCCGGGAGCGUCGCAACUGCCGGGUGUACAUCUCCAACAUCCCGUACGACUACCGCUGGCAGGAUUUGAAGGACCUGUUCCGACGCAUCGUCGGCUCCAUCGAGUAUGUGCAGCUCUUCCAUGACGAAAGUGGCAAGGCACGCGGCUGCGGCAUCGUCGAGUUCAAAGACCCCGAGAACGUUCAGAAGGCCAUGGAGAAGAUGAACCGCUACGAGGUCAAUGGCCGUGAGCUGGUGGUGAAGGAGGAUCAUGGAGAGCAACGCGAUCAAUAUGGACGAAUUGUACGCGAUGGUGCCGGCGGCGGCGGUGGUGGCGGAAAUGGAGGCGGUGGUGGCGGAAAUGGAGGUGGUGGUGGCGGCGGCGGCGGUGGUGGUGGCGGUGGCCGCGACCACUUGGAUGACCGUGACCGAGGAUUCUCUCGUCGCGACGACGACAGAAUAUCUGGGCGUAAUAAUUUUAACAUGAUGUCAAAUGAUUAUAAUAAUUCGUCGAAUUACAAUUUGUAUGGGCUUUCUGCUUCGUUUUUGGAGAGUCUUGGCAUAAGUGGACCUUUGCAUAAUAAGGUUUUUGUUGCUAAUCUGGACUACAAGGUGGACAACAAGAAGCUCAAGCAGGUGUUCAAGCUGGCCGGCAAGGUUCAGAGCGUAGACCUAUCGUUGGACAAGGAAGGAAACAGCCGUGGCUUCGCCGUGAUCGAGUACGAUCAUCCCGUGGAGGCCGUGCAGGCCAUAUCCAUGCUGGAUCGACAGAUGCUCUUUGACCGUCGCAUGACCGUGCGUCUGGAUCGCAUCCCGGACAAGGGCGAGGGCGUCAAGCUGCCGGAAGGCUUGGGAGGAGUCGGCAUCGGCCUGGGACCCAACGGUGAGCCGCUGAAGGACGUGGCCCACAACCUGCCGAAUGGCGGCCAGAACCAAAACCAGCUGCUGGGCAACGUGCAGCAGAGCGGCCAGCUCGGAGCAGUACCUUCUGGCCAGGGAGGCGGCGUCGGUGUUGCAACUGCCAGCAACCUUCUGAACAAUCUGACCGGAGUGAUGUUUGGUAACCACGCAGCUGUCCAGCCAUCGCCAGUAGCUCCAGUGCAGAAGCCCAACAACUCCGGCACCGGCGGACUCAACUUGAACAACCUUAACCCAAGUCUGCUGGCCGCUGUGGUCGGCAAUCUUGGCAGCCAGGGAGCCAACUUGUCCAACCCGUUGCUCACCUCGUCGCUCAACAACCUUGGCCUCAACUUGGGCAACUCGGGCGGCAACGAUGACGCCCUGACCGCCAGCAAUGUCGGCUUAUCCAACAACUACAGCAGCGGCGGCAGCGGUGGUGGCAACAACUACAGCUCCGGAGGCAACAACUACAGUGGUGGCGGCGUCUCUGGCGGAAAUGUGGGAUACAAUGCCUACAGCAGCUCCGGUGGUGUCGGCGGCGGCAACGGCGGUGGGGAUGGCAACGACUACAAUUCUGGCAACCAAUUGGACAUGUUUGGAGGCAACAACGUUGGCAACGCAAAUGUCGGAGCUGGAAACUCGGGAGGAGGAGUUCGCAAGUCGGACACCAUCAUCAUUAAGAACGUCCCGAUGAGCUGCACCUGGCAGACAUUGCGCGACAAGUUCCGUGAGAUCGGAGACGUGAAGUUCGCUGAGAUUCGCGGCAACGACGUGGGAGUGGUCCGUUUCUUCAAGGAGCGAGAUGCAGAGCUGGCCAUAGCUAUUAUGGAUGGCUCUCGACUGGACGGUCGCAACAUUAAAGUAACAUAUUUUUAAGUUAUACAAUUAGACACCAACAUCAUUAUUAUCAUCAUCAUCAUCGGUGGGGUCC